UUCUGUUUCCGGUCACUGUUCCGUCAACAUGGCGUCGGUUAACCGGAGGAAGCUCGAGUCUCAGUGACGGUAACAACUCGAUACCACCGGAAACCUGGAGCCAGGGGGGGGGAGCGGGAAGAUGGAGGAGAAAGCGUUAGAGGUUUAUGAUGUGAUCCGGUCGAUCCGGGACCCGGAGAAGCCGAACACCCUGGAGGAGCUGGACGUGGUGACGGAGAAGUGCGUGGAGGUGCGGGAGCUCGGAGAGGACGAGUACCUGAUCAUCAUCAAGUUCUCCCCGACCGUCCCUCACUGCUCCCUGGCCACGCUGAUCGGUUUGUGUUUACAAGUGAAGCUGCAGAGAUGUUUGCCUUUUAAACACAAGCUGGAAAUUUACAUUUCAGAAGGAACUCAUUCUACCGAGGAAGAUAUUAACAAACAGAUCAACGAUAAGGAGCGAGUGGCGGCCGCCAUGGAAAACCCCAACCUGAGAGAGAUUGUGGAGCAGUGCGUCAUCGAACCAGACGACUGAGGAGUGCGCGUGUGUGUGUGUGUGUGUCUGUCUGUGUGUGUUUGUACAACCAGAGGAACGUGUUUUCUCAGAGGUGAAGAAGAAUGAAAUGUCGUUUCAUGUGGUUUUAGACUUUCAGAAAUAUACUCAGUGAUUCAGUCGGAGCAGGAAUAUGAUUCUUUACAUGUGAUUGUUUUUUUAAUGAACAGAUCUGAUGAAGAAUAAAAUCAGUUGUUAAAAUCUUCA